CACCCCUCCUCCCUAUACUGUUAGCUCUCUACAGCUGUACCCACAGAGGUCAGGGCUAGGUAUUCCUGAGACUGACAUGCGUUAUUUCAUUUCACUACAGCGCUGCAAUUCUCAGCUAACAGUCUGUUGCAGUUAACACAUGCUGUUCCCAGCUGUGCGACUACUUCAGAACAAAACUAGGAAAAAAUUACUGCCAGAACAAUCCGACUUGCAAAAGAAGGAAGGGAAGUAACAGAAUAAACUGUAUCACAAAGUCAGUCUUCCCAAGACAAAAGUACUCACUUCUAGGAACAUCGCAGGAGCAGACCCAGCUUCUUACACCAGUAUAACAGUCUGUUUCCUGGUCACCAAACUUGGACUGUUUUCCGGACAUUGUGUGAAACCCACUAGAAAAGUGAUAUAACAGCAACAGCAGUACACAGAAUACUUCUGACAUCUUAACCAAUGGUUCUCCAGGACAACACACAGCUACUAGAAGGGUGCCGUCAGGUACUAUUAGAGCCAUUUGUCCAUCAAGUUGGGGGCCACAGCAGCAUGAUGAAGUAUGAUGAAACCACUAUCUGUAAACCACUGGUGUCUCAAGAACAGUGGUUCUAUGAGGCUUUACCUCCUCAAAUGAAGUGCUUCACACCACAGUACAAAGGUGUUGUGAUGGUGUCUGUUCAGAAGGACAGUAGUGGACAUCUCACCUUUGUGGCUUCUCCCCAGAAUGACAAGUACAACAGCAUUGAAGUAGAGUCCAUGGUGACAUUAAAAAUGAAUCGAAGACAAACAAAGAUCCAUUGCAGGAAUCACAGCUCAGCAUGCAGGGCAAUUCUGCACAAAAGCAAGGGUCCCAGCAAAAGCUCAGGGAAAUCAUUUGGAAUGGAGUUCUGCAUCUGCCCUGAGGUCAGUUUUCGAAUGGAGGAUGCUAAUGGGAAACAGACCGAAGACAACUGCUUCAACCCAUGGAGUCUACACUGUCACCAAACACAGCUCACACGCAUGUCCUCUGAAUGUCGAGAAAAGAAGAUCCAGCGGUUCCUGUUGCUGGAAAAUGUGGUAUCUCACUUCACAUACCCCUGCAUUUUAGACCUAAAAAUGGGCACAAGGCAACAUGGGGAUGAUGCGUCUGAAGAAAAGAAAGCACGCCAAAUGAAGAAAUGUGCACAGAGCACCUCAGCAACACUUGGAGUCCGCAUCUGUGGCAUGCAGGUUUACCAAACAGAUGCUGCUCACUUCCUUUGUCGAAACAAGUACUACGGGAGGAAGCUUUCUAAAGAAGGGUUCCAACAGACCCUCUUUCAGUUCCUGCACAAUGGUGAACGUCUCAGGACGGACCUCCUAGACCCAGUUCUGCUUCUGCUUCAGCGACUAAUGUCUGUCAUAGAGCAACAGAAUUCGUAUCGAUUCUACUCUAGCUCAUUGCUCAUCAUCUACGAAGGAGAGGAUCCCACCCGAGAAAACGACAGGACUUCCCUGCCCACAAAUCAGAACAAAUCUGCUAUGAUUGAUGUACGUAUGAUUGAUUUUGCUCACACAACUUACAACACAUCCAAGGAUAAUUAUACCACCUAUGAUGGUCCUGACAAUGGCUACCUUCUAGGACUACAGACUUUAAUUGGAAUAUUUCAGAACUUAAAAGCAGGAGAAUGAGGCUACAGAAAAUCACACACACAUACAUAUGUAUGCAUUCUGGGCACUGUAACAGCUCCCUUACCCCCAAGAGUGAGGCUGGAACUUACUCCUCAGUGACAAGCUAUUUAGUUUCAUGUCUUGUUCCUCCGCCACUCGCAGCUGCUGCUCUCUUCACCUAGACUAUGACAUAUGUGUGAAUAGUUGCAUGAUUAGUUUGUACACAGUAGUCUUUCAUGGAAUUAAGUUUGCUUAUGAAACAAGAGGGCUGGAAGACAGACCUACAGUCUCACAAAGGUUGUUUCAUUACCACAUUACUCUUUUCUUAAAGUAACACUUGAUAUCACAUGUUGAUUAAAAUGAGACUACACAGUGAAACCCCAAAAAAGACAUGUCUACUUCUAGCUAUUUUCUAGUUGUUAAGGGGGGGGGGCUGACGUACGAUGCCCCAAGUGGCUGGUGCAUAUGCAUUGCUGAUGGAUUGCUUCUGCUUUAUUGCAGUUACCACCACCACCACAACCAGAGGGGAUCAUGUUAAUGAAAAAAAAGUAUAAAACAGUACUGGAUGCUUGCUAGAUGGAAUGAAGGUGACAUGAAAAAUCA